CGCCUCCCCGCACAACAAUCUAUCUGGAAACCCUAGUUUUGCUCUACUUUCUCUCUAGUUUGCUCAACUCACUCUCUUUUUCUUUCUCUAGUCUCUAUUCUUCAAACAAGAAGAGAGAGGAACUAUGGCAGGAAAAGGAGAGGGACCUGCGAUCGGAAUCGAUCUUGGCACGACCUACUCGUGCGUCGGAGUUUGGCAACACGACCGUGUUGAGAUCAUCGCCAACGACCAAGGAAACAGAACGACGCCGUCCUAUGUUGCCUUCACUGAUACCGAGCGUUUGAUCGGCGAUGCUGCUAAGAACCAGGUCGCGAUGAACCCGAUUAACACCGUCUUCGAUGCUAAGCGGUUGAUUGGAAGGAGGUUCUCUGAUGCCUCUGUGCAGAGUGAUAUUAAGUUGUGGCCUUUUAAGGUCAUUCCUGGACCUGGUGACAAGCCUAUGAUUAUCGUGAACUACAAAGCUGAAGAGAAGCAAUUCGCAGCUGAGGAGAUCUCCUCCAUGGUCCUCAUCAAGAUGCGUGAGAUUGCCGAGGCCUAUCUUGGUUCCACUGUGAAGAAUGCAGUGGUUACUGUCCCUGCCUACUUUAAUGACUCUCAACGUCAGGCAACUAAGGAUGCUGGUGUCAUUGCUGGCAUCAAUGUGUUGCGUAUCAUCAACGAACCCACUGCAGCUGCCAUUGCUUAUGGUCUUGACAAGAAGGCAACAAGUGUUGGUGAGAAGAAUGUCUUGAUCUUCGAUCUUGGUGGUGGUACUUUUGAUGUCUCCCUUCUUACCAUUGAAGAGGGUAUUUUUGAGGUGAAGGCUACUGCUGGAGACACCCAUCUUGGAGGUGAAGAUUUUGACAAUAGAAUGGUGAACCACUUUGUUCAGGAGUUCAAGAGGAAGCACAAGAAAGAUAUCACUGGUAACCCCAGAGCUCUCAGGAGGUUGAGAACUUCUUGUGAGAGGGCGAAGAGGACUCUCUCAUCCACUGCCCAAACCACUAUUGAGAUUGAUUCUUUGUACGAGGGUAUUGAUUUUUAUUCCACCAUUACCCGUGCUAGAUUUGAGGAGCUCAACAUGGAUCUCUUCAGGAAGUGUAUGGAACCAGUUGAGAAAUGUUUGAGGGAUGCUAAGAUGGACAAGAGCACUGUCCAUGAUGUUGUCCUUGUUGGUGGAUCUACUAGAAUUCCCAAGGUUCAGCAACUUUUGCAAGAUUUCUUUAAUGGGAAGGAGCUCUGUAAGAGCAUCAACCCUGAUGAGGCUGUUGCGUAUGGGGCGGCUGUCCAGGCUGCAAUCUUGAGUGGUGAGGGUAACGAGAAGGUGCAGGACCUCUUGCUCUUGGAUGUUACCCCUCUCUCCCUCGGUUUGGAAACUGCUGGUGGUGUUAUGACCGUAUUGAUUCCCAGGAACACCACUAUCCCCACAAAGAAAGAGCAGGUCUUCUCUACCUACUCUGACAACCAGCCUGGUGUGUUGAUUCAGGUGUAUGAAGGUGAAAGAACAAGGACCAGAGACAAUAACUUGCUAGGCAAGUUUGAGCUUUCUGGCAUUCCCCCAGCACCCAGAGGUGUGCCUCAGAUCACAGUAUGUUUUGACAUUGACGCAAAUGGUAUCCUUAAUGUCUCUGCUGAGGACAAGACCACUGGGCAGAAGAACAAAAUCACAAUCACAAACGACAAGGGAAGACUCUCAAAGGAAGAGAUUGAGAAGAUGGUGCAAGAGGCGGAGAAGUACAAGUCUGAGGAUGAAGAGCACAAAAAGAAGGUUGAAGCAAAGAAUGCUUUGGAGAACUACUCUUACAACAUGAGGAAUACCGUGAAGGACGAGAAGAUUGGCGCUAAGCUUCCUCCAGCUGACAAGAAAAAGAUUGAGGAUGCUAUUGAGGAGGCCAUCCAGUGGCUGGAUGCCAACCAGCUUGCAGAGGCAGAUGAGUUUGAGGACAAGAUGAAGGAGUUGGAGAGCAUCUGCAACCCCAUCAUAGCAAAGAUGUAUCAAGGUGCUGGUGGUGACAUGGGUGGUGCAAUGGACGAUGAUUCUCCUCCUGCUGGUGGAAGUGGUAGCGCUGGCCCUGGUCCUAAGAUUGAGGAAGUGGACUAAGGUCCUGGUUUUGUUUUUUUAACCCCGUGGUCGCCUAUUGAUCUCUAUGUUUGAUUUAGUUUCUUGCACUUUUUUCAAUUUUUAGUUCUUAUGAGUUUGAAGGUAAUUUCUCCACUCAGUGGAAACACUUUCGCAUUGCUAUCCUUUCAAUAUUAUGCAUCAUGCAACAUGGUCGGUCAUUUUUACUUAAAAACUUAGAUACAGUUUGUAUUGUUUUCCCGAUGGAAUCUGCUUUUUUGGCUA